CAGCGAUGGAAAAUUAUUUGGCAUUGAAGAAAACAAAAGCCACAAAAAAAGUGGCGAAAGUGUUGGGCGAUCCACAAAAUUCUGGUCUGUUCUUGCAAAUCUAAUCAGCUGUUAGUCAUUCGUAACAGCGGCCCUGCUAUCGUUUUCGGUGUGGUGAAUGUUAAUUUGUAAUAGCUUCUAAUGGAUAGUGAGCCACCAUUGGGCGGACGCUUGGUCGAUUUGGUGGACAACGAGUGGAUUGCCGACGAGCUGCCUUACGACCACAUCCAAGUGCCUUGCGAUAAGCUACCCGAUCCCGAGGCGGACAACGGUGACUCGCAUCUGACGCUGAAAGAGCAAGAGCAGAAAUGGACUGAUCUGGCGCUGACAUCACUGGCACCGGAUUUGUCCGUUUCCGAGCAGGUUAAUUUCCCUGGUGUUUAGCGUGUAGCGUCUCUCGAUUGUGCUGCACCGAACUCGGCACCAUUGUGUGCUAACUACAUGAUACGGCUUAUACGCGUGUUAUUUACUGAAAUCGACUAAUCAAAACCACAUUAACAAUGAAUAGACAUCUACAUUCCCCUACGAUA